AUGAGCUCAGAAGAUAAGACACGUGGUUGCUUGACAAAGGCUCAAACGUUACGGGCUAGCGGCAACUACAAGGAUGCAGUGACCGCCCUUCAGUCGUUAUCGGAACAUGGAGUUCCGUGGGGGCCAAUGUACGUUGCUGCCCUUGACUUACUUGCGGAGCUCUGCUUCAGCCAGGAGCAGGGCAUCACGGUGGAUCGCUUCCUUCCCGCCUUCAGAUGGAACCGCUAUAAACUGCGUGGAUCUCAGCAUCUGGAGGAAGGGACCAAGCGAAUGGUUGAAAUAACCUUGAAACACCUCCGAGCGCUGGGUGAGAGGUCUCAAGCAAAUGCCAAGGCUGCGGGGGAGAAUCCUGCGGAGGAGGAUCUGAUCUUCGCAGCUCUCUCAGGGGUGUCGCCGGAGCAGCGGGCGAAGGAACGCUAUCUUGUUCCUGCAGAGAACGCCACACAGUUGGUGGGUAACGAGCUACUUGGUUUCAACGCUAUUGGUCAUUCGAUGAAAAUGCUUCCCAUCUACCUUGAUACUGCCACGGAAUUGAUUACGUACUGCCAACAGCGCAACUUAAAGCGUGCUAUUGGACGUAUCGCUGACGCAUACGUGCGGUUUUUUAAACGGUUCCUGCUUAGCCCUAUCCCGUCGACAGUGGAGGGUGAUAAUCCACACCUGAUUGCAACGUAUAAGGAAUUGGAGGCAGAUCGGGAAAGUUUUUAUAAGACAGUGACGAUCGCAGAGCGUACGGUUCAAGUCUUCUGUCACCUUCUGCAAACCUUAGCCUCCAUGAAUAAUUGGAAUGCUGCAUGGUCAACACUGCAGUGUUUUACACGAGUUAUGCAGGAGAUUACACAAACCCCUGAAUCCUUUAGGGAGUGCCAGACUCUCGCCAAUUUGGCCAUGGCCUCUGUCUUUUGGAGGUGCUCACACUACGCGUUUCAUGCCCAUUGCCUAGGUAUUGCCGCCUUUUUGAUCGAUGAUAAGGAAAAUGUUAUGGAAACAGCUUCCAGGGCAGUUUUGGCAACCCUCUGUACACCUAAUAUUAACAGGGAACGAAAAAGUUUUGGGCGCGGAUCCGAUUCAGUGCUUGAAAAGAAUGCUCGCAUUGCCCAGCUCUUUGGGCUUCAAUCAGCCCCUGCAGGGUUGGCCCUUUGGCAGCGACUUCAACGGAUGGAAGUCCUUCAAAAGGCCCACCCGGAAGUGCAGGCACUGGAUAAUUUACUACGCAAUGAGCUGGUGGAUGAGGAGCUUGCGAAGCAAGCCAUUAAACAACUCUUUGUGAUUGUUCAGAAGAUUCCUGGUCUUGUGAUGUACGAAAAACCACUGCGGAAAGUUAUUCUUCAGAGGUACCUGGAGUGCAUGGCCGCCCAGACAACCCGUGUGGAGGCGUCUUCGCUUCAAGUAGGGGAGACGGAGGCCUCGGUGGAGGUUUACAUCCAUGAGAUUGAGCCUUACAUUCUGAAUGAAUCAGGGCUUUCGGUAGAAAUCGAUCACAAGACCGGGUCGAUAUCGUUCACUCACACGGCGAAAACGAGGGUGCUUGAGGCAUUCAAUGCCUUGGCUGAACACGUCGAUCGGCAUCCUGCCGCACCGCGAUGGAAACUCGACAUCCGACCUGAGCAGCUGCAGCGAGCCCAUGACAGAAGCAGCGUUUUUCACUGCCUGCAGCAAAUUUGCGAAGAGACUGCGGAGGCCCGACGACAGCGUGCCAAGGAAAAGGAAGACGAAGAUCGUGAGAAUGCCAGGCUGGAGCGUAUUCAGAAUGAAGAAAAGAAAAAGGAAGCAGUCCGCCUGGCGCAUGAGGCUCGGGGCCUUGCAGAGUACCAAGAGCACAUAAACCAAAAUCGGCGCAAGCUUGCACUGCGCCGCUUGCAGGAAAAGUACAAGGGAUUUGUCGCCCCGCCUACGUUGAUUCAGAAGAAUUCGACGGACUUUGUUCAGGAAUUGACGAUGCGGCUGACGGAGCACCUGAAAAGAACAACACAGCAGAAGACGGCGGACGUCACUAAGAUGAACCACUUUGAGCGGGCAUGCAGAGAACUUGAAAUUCCAAAACGAAAGGCCCUUGAGCUCGAGGAAGCGGAACAGCACAAGGCAGAGCGGGCGGCGGCGCGGGAGAACUUCAUUAUUCAUCACCGUAAAGAGUUUGAGAAACGCCAACUGGACAAUCAAAUACUAAAGAAAUUUCUAAAGGAGGCUGCUAUCUUUGCAGAACAAACACAAAUGAAAGGAAAAAUUUCUAAGCGUGAUGAGCAACAGAUGCUUCUCCAGCAGGAAAAGGAGCGGCUGCAAGGGUUGUAG